GGCAGUGGGACGGAUAGUACUCAAAUUGUUGAGUUGGCUCAGAGUGGAAAUGCUAUAGUCGACAAAUGCGUAAUGACAUUUUCUUCUUUAGUUCUUGAAACCAAUCGACUUCAAGAUAUUGCGUGGACGGAGGUGUACCCUGCAUUGCUUUUAUACGGAGAAGACGUGGACGGACAGCUUGCGAGUGAGGGUGGCUCAGUUAAAAUGAUGGCCAAUUUCCUUCCUUUUUUACAGGAAGUAUAUGUUUUUGUAAAUCGUUGCUAUGAAGUGUUUCGUAAUGCAAUUCUCCAGAUGUAUAAUUUUUACUUAAUACGGGAAGAUGUGUUAGAACGGACACGACAGAGAGCAAUGUUGCGAAUGUGGAGAGCUGUUGGGGGACUUCUUUCCGUCUUUAUAUUUCUUGAUGAGAUUAUACGAAGUCAUCCUCUAAUACUUUCGCAUUGGAGUUUUUUCGUCAAAUCAAUGCAGUCGGUCCUUCAUAAUCCCUCUCUCUUUAAUGCCGAUUCACCUCUUCUAAAGCCACUUUCAAAUGUGGUCCAACAGAUUGGUUCUAUGAUUAUGGACGGAUUUAUUUUUAAAAACUGUUGUCAACAACCUUUUCAAGCCGCCUUACAUGCUGACUUAUCGUUCUGUGAACAUAUACGUAACAUUAUUCUGAGCAUGUAUACAAGAUGGGAACGUGUCGCUAGUGACGAUAUAGCUGAUAAACGUCUUCUUUCCUCCAUUAUUGCAUUAGCAACGUUCCAUUCUCAUCUGUUCCGAACUGUGGAUAAAAAGCUGUUCAAAAUGAUCUGGCAUAGCAAUAAUCGGCUUGCUACAUUUCACGUUAUUGGGGACAUCGUGUGGACGCCUUGUGACUUCCUCAUAAAAAAUGUUUCUGAACUUGAAAAAGCGAUUGAUAAAAAGUCAUUAUCGUUUGUUGGAGAGUUCCGUUCAGUACCAGUUGCACAAAAGACUGCUCUGCUUGCUCAGGAAAUGACAACUACAGCUAAUUUGCUUACUGAAUGGAUCUUUAAAAUGGAGGAGGAGUUGCGUAAUUGGCCCAUAGAGAACGUACAUGGACAUUUAAAGCAGAGAAUCAUACUUUUCUUAGAGGGGAUGCGUCAGGCAGAUUUGCUUUCCAGAACUGUGAAACUAGUUUUAUGUGGGACUUUAAAUGAAAAAAAACCCUUGUCACGAAGCGUUGCUAUGGACUGCUUACGAUUUAUACAGCUUAUAAAGGCAUACCCCUUAGAUCAUCAUUUUUGCUACGGAACACGAAAUGAUAAUUUUUUCCUGGAAGAUACUUUUAAAAAUAUCUUCUGCGAUGAAGUUGAAAGCACUUUCAUAAAGUGGUGGAAUGAAGUCUUCGAGUGUAUACAGCAGGGUCUUCAACACUGGAGUGGCCAAUUACUGCGGCUUGUAAACAACGCACGCGAGUCAUUGCGAUCUGAGGCUGUUCUUUCUAACGACAAAGUUGAUAUUAUUUCUUCCCUUACCAUAGCCGGAUUAUCGCUAAGUGGAUCUAAUAUUACAAUACUUCAUUUAUUUUCAGUGUCUUCUAUUCGGAUGACAGUUGCAGGAAUCGCGUUAGACUUUGUGCAGUACGCUAAAAUUUUCCGUUCUGAAGAGCUGGAAACGGCUAAUGACCUUAUAUGUCGAAUGGAAACAUUUCUCAAAUUUCAACAAACUUUGGCUCGACUUUGUAGCUGUUCUUUCCUUUUCUGGCACCGAUCUUUGAUUUCAACAUAUUUCGACUCACUGAUUAACGAAUCUGUUCAAUAUGUGGAAUACUUCUUUGCUGCGGUAACAGACGUAGAAACUCUUCUAAACGCGUGUCGUCACGUCGAUCCAGGAAACUUAAAGAAAAAGUUUUGCUCUGAAAUUUUUGACGACUUUGAAAAGAAGUUUUUAAUGAAACUAUGUGAAGCAGUUGAAACCGAUCUUCGUUUGUCUAUGCAUUCUUAUCUUCAACCUGUCGAAGCGAAGCUAGCUAAAGGUCCUGUUCAAGAAAAGAGCUUUCAUUUGAAGCGCUUGCUGGAUUUACCUCCUCUGUUUCUCUGCGGCCAGUUUUUUGAUGUCAAAAGGUACACAGAACUGCACUUGGAACGUGCAUUUUAUAAUUUGACUGCAGUGGCCCUGCAUGAUUGUCAUACUUACGUUGAAAUGCGACUGCUUGCAUUUGAGAAAUAUGGUUUACAUUUAUGCGAAAGUCACUUGCCUUUCCAAACUCUUGAUCAAGGAUCGGAUAUGCUCCUAAUUACGAGAAACUUGCACCUUUUUGUUUCAAAUUACAACUAUAAUUUAAAUGGACAGUUUUUCAUCGAGAAGGAUAGCAGAAAUAAACAUUUAAACAUACUUUCUGUGGAACAUGUAGCGAAUUCUGUGCGUACACACGGCACCGGUAUUAUGAACACUGUAAUUAACUUUGCGUAUCAGUACUUGAAGAAGCGGUUUUUCGUUUUUUCUCAGUUUUUAUACGAUGAUCACAUAAAAGGGCAACUGAUCAAGGAGAUCCGAUAUUUUCAAUCAAACGCAGACCAGUUAAAUAAAAUGUAUCCGAUGAAAAGAGUACAGCGAUUUAAUAGCCGUAUAAGACGUCUCGGGGUAACCGAUGAGGGCCUUUCCUUCUUGGACAAAUUCCGAAUACUAAUCACUAAUAUCGGGAAUGUCAUGGGAUAUGUUCGGCUUGUCCGUUCAGGAAGUAUUGAGGCUUCCUCUCAUUCUUUGGCAUUCUUGCGCGACCCUGAUGAUGUAGUUUCAUUCGCUUCUCUUGCAACUGACAGCAGCUUUUCUGCAGAAACUGUCGAGGCUGCUAAAUUUCUGGAUGAAGUACUUGAAGAGACUGCAAAAAGUGUAAAUCAGUCAAAUAAUUACUUACAGGCAGGAAUCUUUUACUUGCACUACGGUGUUUUUUAUCUUCAGAUCUUGGUUGAAGUAUUUUCCAAAGAACUGAGGAAUUUCGAGAAGUAUGAACAUUUGAGAAACUUUUAUGUCAUAGUGCCAUCACUAACCGUUAACUACGUCGAAAGUAUUUUGAAUUGCAAGGGGACUUUAGGAAGAAGAAGUCAGCAGAAUAGCUCCUUCACCGACGAUGGUUUCGUUCUUGGGAUAGCGUUCAUCCUAACUACACUUGAUCAAAUUGGAAAAUUUGAAUCUUUGAACUGGUUCGCCUCGGUAGAAAAGCGUUGUGAGGAUGAAUCUGUGGUAGCCAAGACGCCAAGAAAUUUAGGCAGCCGCCUGGAACUGGAGCCGUCCGUUAAAAUACGCAUAGCUAAAUUGGAACAUUACCAGAAAGUACUUUUUUCUUAA